CGACGUCACAUUUCUCGGUCAAGAGGAGCCAUGCAAAAUGAGCGCCGGACUUUUGAAGGAUUUCCUGUCAUAAUUGACUCUGGGUACAGCUAAACGCGCCGCAAUUUUAGGAAAAUAAACACAGAUAAUCAGGCCCAUGCUAUGACGGAAGAGGCGAACUAUACGGGAUGCAUCAGGGCGGAGGUUCUGUGAAUGAGGGCUUGUCUUCUUAACAAGACUACUGUUCACCAUCUUGAGGCUUUCAGCACAGGUCCUUUCUACGAGACAGCAGGCAGGCACAAUAGAUUCUCCAGUUCACAAGCAGAAUUAUGGAGGAAGGACAAUUCAAGUACAUCACGAAUGGGGAUGGAAGAGUCAGCCGUCUCAUCCGGAUCGGAACACGCAAGAGUCAGUUGGCUCGCAUUCAGACGGACAGUGUUGCAGAAAAACUUAAAGAGCUUCACCCUGACAUCCUUUUGGAAAUUGUGGCCAUGUCAACAAUUGGGGACAAAAUUCUUGACACGGCUUUAUCGAAGAUUGGAGAGAAGAGUUUGUUCACCAAAGAGUUGGAGACUGCUCUACAGAAGAAUAUUGUCGAUGUGGUCGUCCAUUCACUGAAGGACCUUCCCACCACGCUGCCUCCAGGAUUCACCAUCGCAGCUGUGCUCAAGAGAGAGAACCCCCACGAUGCUGUCGUCCUGCAUCCAAAACAUGUAGGGAAAACGUUGGAGACUCUUCCAGAAAAAAGCGUGAUUGGCACCAGUUCACUGCGUCGUGCUGCUCAGUUGAAAAGGAGAUUUCCCCACUUGGUGUUUAAAGAUAUCCGUGGAAACUUGAAUACAAGGUUGAAGAAACUGGACGAAAAGGAGGAUUUUGCUGCUAUCAUCCUUGCUGCGGCUGGUCUAAAGAGGAUGGGUUGGGAAAACCGAAUCAGCCAGAUCUUGGAGCCCGAGGAUUGCAUGUAUGCUGUCGGACAGGGCGCUCUGGCCGUGGAGGUUCGAGCCAAAGACAGAGACAUCCUGGAGAUGCUGUCUGUACUAAACGACACUGACACUGUGCUGCGCUGCAUAGCAGAGAGAGCAUUUCUCAGGCAUCUGGAAGGAGGCUGCAGUGUUCCUGUGGCUGUGCACACAGAGGUGAUAGACUCGCAGCUCUACUUGACAGGGGCCGUGUACAGCCUGGAUGGUUCGGACUUUCUGAAGGACACCAUGCAGACGAGCGUUGCUACUACCCUCAAGGGGCAGGACGAAGUGGACGAGCAGGUACAGCGUGUGGGGGUGACAGUCAUCAAGAUCUGCGGUGGCUCGCAGGACAAUGCCGAGCGCCUGGGGGUGGAUCUGGCCAACUUGCUCUUAAGCAAAGGAGCCAAGGAGAUCCUGACGGUGGCUCGACAGCUAAAUGAUGCCAGAUAAUGUACGCACCAUUUGGUCCAUCGUCACGGCAAUCCGGUUAGGUUGUUCACAGGCCUCUGUAGUGUUUUGCAAUUGUACCGCCGUAAAACAACUUUUGCAUUCAUACAGCCAUAAGACACCUCACAAAGGCCAGUUGUCACGAAAAGGACGUCUUAAUUCAAUCAUUAUUUUAAGGUUUAGGCUCGUAAUGCAACAGGUUGUAGGUUGGAACUACAGUGUUUUUAAUUUGGUUUCAUGUUCUAGUUAUUAUUUAUCACUACUGUGAGCCCGAUACUCAUAAACAAUGUUCCCUCUAAGAUGCGUGCAUGAGCAUUUGCACACUGCUCUCACUUUUUCACACUCAUUUCUUCACUGUCUCCGCGUCAACAAAAAUUAAGAUGGAAUGUCAUCAUCAACAAGACUUACGAGAGAGAGAGAGACGAGAUAAGACCCAAUGAAAAUGCUGGUGGCGUGACGAUAAUGAAAUCUAUCAUUCCAUAUUGUUGGCAAAUAAAAAUGAGACUGAAUGAGUGUUUUUAUUUUUAUUUUUCUGGAAAGAAUUAGCUUCUUUGUUCUCCUUCCUGACACCAGGAAGUCCUCCAAGUCUUUCCUUCUCUGUGCAUUUAAAUCAGGCAUGUCCAAAGUCCGGCCCGGGGGCCAAAUCCGGCCCGCAGCCAAAUUUCAUCCGGCCCUCGGCCCGUCAUAAAAUCAGUGCCGUUUGGGCGCAAUGGAACACGUGUUGCAUUGACUGAGGUCUCGUAGACUGGUGAGUGAUGUUUCAUAGAGUACUGCUUCCCUCUAGUGGCUAAAUGAGUAAUAGCAUUCACUAAAUGAGUAAUAGCAUUUAGACACUUGAGGGCAUCACUCACGAGUUAACAAGACAUCACUCCGUGUUUAUAUUGACUGAUAUGUCACAUUUCAAAUGAUCCUUGCAGUUGUGGAUAUGUGUAUUGCUUAUUCAUUUCCCUGUUGUUCGAGUCAAAGGUUUUGUGACUAUUGAAAAGUCAUGGUGAUACAUUUUAUGUUUCAAAUCAAUCAAUUUGCACUCAGGAGACUUCUGUUUAAGAAAAAGUCAAGUGAAUAAGCAGUUACAUGUGAUAUACCUGUUUCAAAUGAACCAAAAUAAAUUCUUAAGAUUGUUGAAAUUAAAAUAAAAAUGGAAAUGUGAAACAGACUGGCUUACUAAAAUUUGUUGAACAAUAUUGUUGUUCAAUGUAAAGAAUGUCAGCCAAGGUCGGCCCCCCGACAUUUUACCACAUAAAAUCUGGCCCCCUUGGCAAAAAGUUUGGACACCACUGAUUUAAAUGCACUCAUACCUGCCUGCUGCCAUUCCUGAACUGAAGUUCUGUACUGGUGGUGCUCCAAUUGCAUUGCAUUAUAAGGCACAUAACAUAGACGCUACAACAGUGGCUGCGGUUGUAUGAUGCAUUCACUAGAUCAAGCCACGCUACAGGGAAUACAAUACAAUACAGUGGUACCUCUACUUACGAACGUCUCUUCAUAUGAAAUUUUCAAGUUACAGAAUGCCUCAACAGGAAAAUAUUGCCUCUUGUUACAAAAUAAAUUUCAAGAUACGAAAGGUACAAAUACAGUAUGGGCUCCUCCUCGCAGCUCAGUUUCCUGAACGCAACAUACUUAGAGCUGCUCUACCAUUGGCUAUUACCGAGCGUCUUCCUGGUAUCCCAUUGGCUAAGAGUGACCUCUACUAUAUGUGUCUAUGCGUGUAGAUAGAUAGAUAUGUGUUUAUGCAGCAUCCUCGUUAUUCGCCCCUUGGGCCAUGAGGCAUUCCGAUAGUUUUACGUAAAUGUGAAUCACACCCACUGUGCUGUUUGUCUUGGACAUUUUCGAAGGAUUGUUUAAAGCCAACAAAAGCCAGGCAAAAACCACUUCUGAGAGAGAACGUGGACUUAAGAGGGCAAUAAAUUAUGAGGACGUAGUUAGAAGUUAAAUGACCAUCAUUUUUAUUCUUUACUCUAUUCCAGUGGUUGUUAACCUUGUUAGAGGUACCGAACCCAAACAGUUCAUAUGCACUUUCACCUUCUUUAAUGAAAAAUAAAACUGUGAUUUUUUUUUUUUUACAAAUUCAAGACAUUAGAGAAACACUCCACACAUUUAUUAAAAACAGAAAAAAGUUUUUAAAAAUUACUUGGCCUAAGUAUAGUUUAUUUUUAUUUUCAAAUUGUAUGACGUACUAUCACGACAGUCACACGUUGACAACUGAGCGAACUAAAUUUCUCAUAGGACUGAUUGAACAAGCAAUCUAAUGUGACCAUCUGCAGCUAGCCAGCAUUGGCCAAGCGGGCAUGUCAUAACUAAUUGACGUCUUGAGUCGGGUGUGUCUUAACCUCCAUGGCAGAGGCUCCGUCGAACCCCUGAGACCGAUUCACCGAACCCCUUGGGUACAAUCUAACCCAGGGUAAGCACCGCUGCUCUAUUCUUUGUAUUUUACUUUAUGCACAACUCUCAUUUAUUGUGCAAUAAUCUAAUUGUAACAUGUAUUUGUUACAUAUUUUGAUGCAGUUUUGUGCUUUAGAAAACAUGUCUGAAUUUCGGGGGGACUUGGAACGAAUUAGGGCAUUUACAUGGAAAACGCGUCUCUACUUACAAAAUUUUCUAGUUAAGAAAUUUCUUCCAGAAACAAUUAAUUUUGAAAGUAGAGGUACCACUGUACAGCUGUACUUAUAUAGAGCUUUCACAACCGCUGCAGCUGGAACAAAGCGCUUUACAGAACCUGUACUACUUGCAAGAUCUGAACAUUGAUCCACAUACAAGGUGCAUCGGAUUAUAAAGCGCAUUGUCGGCUUUUGAGAAAAUGGAAUGCUUUUAGGUGCGCCUUACAGUGUGGCAAAUAGGAUACAUGGAAAUUGCCAUCAUAAUAAAAUAGGCAGUAGACUGUGAAAAUUAUGUAUCAUUCUCAAAACUUUUGGCCACGGCUGUACAUUGACACACAGACACUCCCUCACAAUCACCACUGACAGGAAGCGCGGGGUGGCAGGUGCUAAAAUAAAAGUAACAAAACUGGGCUGAUUUCAUUCAUGUCACAAAUCUCUGUCUCACCAACUGUUAUCCCCUUCUGCAUUCUUUCAAAAUAAUACUUCCGGCUUACACGAAGUCAGCAGGAAUGUUUGCGAUUGCGAACAAUUUGUCAAAUAAACUCGUCGUCCUUUACAGGUGGUUUGAAAUGUGUUGUAUCAUACUUACAUCACUUGUUAUGGUCUCAAGUUUUAUACAGGAUACUGGUUUGGUCCAAGGAAUACUCAAGGGAGUUUGUGUAAAUGCUCAGAGGCAUAGAAAAUUAGAGGGAACAUUUUACUUUAAAUAUUCCAACUUUUAGCUAUAAAAAAAUGAACAAAAUUAAAAGUUGCAUUUUUUUACAUUUUAACAUGCAAGUGCUGUACUCACAACACCAUCCAUAUUUAUUUUGCAUGUGUGUGCUGAUUGUCAUUGGUUAUCCGAAACAGCCUUUGCCAAAGGUUUUAAGCCGCCUCCAUCAUCCCGCCAGUGACGUCCCCUCAAGACGCACUCCAAAAAUUCCCCAAACCUCACAACAAACUCAUUUACAGCCAAUGAAGAAAAACCUGCAAUUUGACUGAAAAACUCAAAACACAAUAUCUGUUUCAAUACAUUGCCACAUUGUCCCACACGGUCCAGUAGCGGAGAAUUAUAAUUUUAUUAUGUGGUCGGGGAAAAAGUUUUGAUGUGUAAUAAUUAUUCUACUGUGCUAUUACACGUUUCAUGUCACGUACCAAAAGGUGCACUAGUUGUGGAAUGUUGCUCUUUUUUGAUUGAAAGUGCCGUAUGAAUAAAUACACGGUAUCUACUUUUAGAUACGGUCAUUCUGCCUGCAGUACCGCAAUGCGUUUUGUUUGACAGUCUUUAUUCUAGUGUUUCAUUUUACCACUUGAGUUCAAUGUGAGUCCUCUUUUCAGCUUUAAAUGUUAACUUGUUUAUUUGUACAUUUUCACAGUACACUGUGUUACAUUUAUAAGCUAUUUAAACUAUUAAUUCCCUCAAGCUUCUUUCUGUUUGGUUUGCCCUGGUGUGAAUGCAGCAUCCAUUUAAUGCAUUGAAAUAAAGUUGUGUGGCAUAUUUUU